GCCAAGCAAUUCAGUGGGAAUAUACAUUACCAAAGCAAGUUGAAGAAUCCAAAAUGGACACUCCAAAAGAAAUCUUCCUAAAAGAUUACAGGAUACCCGAUUAUUACUUUGAUGCGGUGGACUUGAAAAUUUCACUUGGAGAGGAGAACACAAUUGUCUCUUCCAAAAUAACUGUCUUCCCUAGGGUUGAAAGUUGUUCUUCUCCACUAGUACUGGAUGGGAAAGAUCUGAAGCUGGUUUCAAUCAAGGUCAACAGCAAGGAACUAAAGGAGGAGGAUUUCAACUUGGACUCACGCCAUCUGACUCUCCAAUCACCACCAAAUGGUAGAUUUACAUUGGAAAUUGUGACUGAGAUAUACCCACAUAAGAACACAUCAUUGGAGGGGCUUUACAAGUCGUCGGGGAAUUUCUCUACACAAUGUGAAGCAGAGGGUUUCAGGAAAAUUACAUUCUAUCAGGAUCGUCCAGAUAUUAUGGCAACAUAUACUUGUCGAAUUGAAGCUGAUAAGUUGUUGUACCCAGUGUUGUUGUCUAAUGGAAAUCUAAUAGAGAAAGGAGACCUUGAGGAUGGCAGACAUUAUGUUCUUUGGGAGGAUCCCUUCAAGAAACCUUGUUAUCUGUUUGCUAUAGUUGCUGGACAGUUGGAGAGCAGAGAUGACACUUUUACCACUUGUUCAGGCCGUAAGGUGUCCCUGAGAAUCUGGACCUCUGCACAGGACCUACCUAAGACUGCUCAUGCCAUGUAUUCUCUUAAGGCUGCAAUGAAAUGGGAUGAAGAUGUUUUUGGUCUUGAGUAUGACCUGGAUCUCUUCAAUAUUGUGGCUGUUCCGGAUUUUAACAUGGGAGCCAUGGAAAACAAAAGCCUGAAUAUUUUCAAUUCGUCACUCGUCUUGGCAUCUCCAGAAACUGCUAGUGAUGCAGAUUAUGCUGCAAUUUUGGAUGUUGUUGGUCAUGAGUAUUUUCACAAUUGGACAGGCAACAGAGUUACAUGUCGUGACUGGUUCCAGCUUAGUCUAAAAGAAGGUCUUACUGUUUUCCGUGAUCAGGAAUUUUCAUCUGACAUGGGGAGCCGCACUGUAAUACGGAUCGCUGAUGUUAAGAGUCUUCGAAAUUAUCAGUUUCCAGAGGAUUCUGGUCCCAUGGCUCAUCCAGUACGGCCACAUUCUUACAUCAAGAUGGACAACUUCUAUACAGGCAAAAUUUAUGUUCUUAGACUUACUCUGAUCUCUUUGUUCUAUUCUCUCUCUCUCUCUCUCUCUAUAUAUAUAUAUAUAUAUUGUGUAUAUGUGAGUAAACAAGGACCAUUGUUAACCCCUUAUUCUUCUUAUCAGGGACCUGAAGUUGUUAGGAUGUACAAAACCUUACUGGGAAGUCAAGGAUUCAGAAAAGGGAUGGAUUUAUAUUUUAAAAGACAUGAUGGGCAAGCUGUCACAUGUGAAGAUUUCUUUGCUGCCAUGCGAGAUGCAAAUGAUGCAGAUCUUUCUAAUUUCUUGUUGUGGUAUUCCCAAGCUGGGACUCCUCUGGUGAAAGUUACUUCAUCCUACAAUGCUGAAGCUCGUACUUAUUCUUUAGUGUUUAGUCAAGAGGUGCCACCAACCCCAGGGCAGCCCGUGAAAGAACCCAUGUUCAUUCCUGUGGCUGUAGGUCUGCUGGACUCAAGUGGUAGCGACAUUCCUCUCACUUGUGUUCAUCAUGAUGGGAAGUUGGAGUCCGUUGCUAGCAAUAAUCAACCUGUCUACACUACAGUUCUUAGAGUAACAAAGAAAGAAGAAGAAUUUGUAUUCGCUGAUAUAUCUGAGCGGCCGAUUCCAUCUCUAUUACGGGGAUAUAGUGCUCCUAUCCGUCUCAACUCUGAUCUCACUGAGAGCGAUCUGUAUUUCCUCCUUGCUCACGAUUCAGAUGAGUUUAACCGCUGGGAGGCAGGGCAGGUGCUGGCAAGGAAGCUGAUGCUGAGCCUAGUGGCUGAUUUCCAACAAAACAAGCCAUUGGUUCUAAAUCCACAGUUCUUGCAUGGGGUCAAAAGCAUGCUCUGUGACUCAAGCUUGGAUAAAGAAUUCCUUGCAAAGGCAAUAACUCUGCCUGGUGAAGGGGAGAUCAUGGACAUGAUGGAAGUUGCAGAUCCUGAUGCUGUUCACGCUGUCCGGUCUUUCAUCAGAAAGCAGCUGGCUUCUGAGCUGAAAGAAGAAUUUCUCAGCACGGUCAAACACAACAGAAGCUCAGAGCAGUAUGAAUUUAACCAUACCAAUAUGGCAAGGCGUGCUUUAAAGAAUAUCGCCCUUGGAUAUCUUGCGUCACUUGAAGAUCCAGAACUCACCGAGUUGGCAUUGCGUGAAUAUAAAACUGCCACUAAUAUGACCGACCAAUUUUCAGCUCUAGCAACCAUAGCCCAGAACCCUGGUAAAACCCGUGAUGAGGUUCUGGUUGACUUCUAUAGCAAGUGGCAAAAUGACUUCCUGGUUGUAAAUAAAUGGUUUGCCCUUCAAGCUGGGUCUGACAUUUCUGGUAAUCUUGAGAAUGUUAAGAACCUCCUAAAGCAUCCAGCAUUUGACUUGCGUAAUCCAAACAAGGUAGAUUCACUUAUCGGAGCCUUUUGUGGAUGUCAUGUGAAUUUCCAUGCGAAAGAUGGGUCAGGCUACAGAUUCUUGGGAGAAAUGGUGGUGCAGCUUGAUAAACUGAACCCUCAGGUGGCUUCCCGCUUGGUGUCAUCCUUCAGUAGAUGGAGGCGCUACGAUGAAACCCGGCAAAGCCUCGCGAAGGCACAGCUGGAGAUGAUCAUGUCAACCAAUGGACUUUCAGAAAAUGUGUUUGAGAUUGCCUCAAAAAGCUUAGCUGCUUAAAUAUUUUAAAUAUUUUCCCUUCUACUUGAUGCAAGUUGCCAUGUGUGUGUGUGUGUGUGUUGUGUGUGUGGUUGGGGUU